UUGUUGCGCGGUGCCAAGAUGGCAGCGCGCUGCUCUUUGACAGGAGGGGAGAGAGUCGGGAUGGAAUAAGUUCCGAAGAGCCUGGCCUUGGAGGGGGACGAGCGGGGCCUGUCCUGCUUGCGGCGUCGGCCACAUCCUGUGCCCGUCGUGUCUGAGGCUCCUGCGGCCCCUGCUUUGGAGAGGGAGGAGCUAUGAGGUGAUGGGAAGAUGGCGAGCGACGGAGGUAGGAAGCAGUUUUGGAAGCGGAACGUCUCCCGGGUCCCGGGCAGUAUUCAACAUGUUUAUGGAGCUCAGCAUCCUCCUUUUGAUCCACUGUUGCAUGGAACCUUGAAACCAGCGGCCAAGCCACCAACAACUCCAGUGAAACUGAAGAAAGUCAGCACGUUUCAAGAAUUUGAAAGCAACACAAGUGAUGCCUGGGAUGUUGGGGAUGAUGAUGAUGAACUCUUAGCAAUGGCUACAGAAAGCCUUAACACUGAAGUAGUCAUGGAAACAGCUAAUAGAGUAAUUCAGAAUCACAGUAAACUACAAGAACAGCACAAAUUGCAGGAGGAACAUGUGGAAAAAGAACCACAGCAGCUUUCAGACCUGGCUUCAGUUGCAUGUGGAGACAACAGGCUGGUUAAAUCUGUCAGUGAAAGUAACACAUCAAGUUCUGCAGAUAAUGCUAAUGAAAGUGCUUCUGUGCCAAGAUCUCAGUCCCUUCCACAAGCCUCAACAGUUGCUCUGGUGAGUGGUGUGACCGACCACAAUACCUCAGGCGCUCCUGUACUAUCUGAGAGGGAAGCAUCAAGAUUAGAUAAAUUCAGGCAGCUUCUUACUGUCCCAAACACAAACCUUGAAGAACUACGGAAGCUGAGUUGGUCAGGAAUUCCAAAACCAGUACGGCCAAUUACAUGGAAACUUCUUUCAGGUUACCUUCCUGGAAAUGUAGAUCGAAGAGAAGGCACUCUACAAAGAAAACGAAAAGAGUACUUUGCCUUUGUUGAACAAUAUUAUGACUCGAGAAAUGAAGAAACGCAUCAGGAUACAUACAGACAGAUUCAUAUAGAUAUUCCUCGUAUGAGUCCAGAAGCUUUAAUUCUUCAACCCAAAGUAACAGAGAUCUUUGAAAGAAUUUUGUUCAUCUGGGCAAUACGUCAUCCAGCCAGUGGAUAUGUUCAGGGCAUCAAUGACCUUGUUACUCCUUUUUUUGUUGUCUUCACUUGUGAAUAUAUUGAAGAAGAAGAAGUGGAAAAUUUUGAUGUUUCCAGUCUGCCUGCUGAAGUACUGCAGAACAUUGAAGCUGACAGUUUCUGGUGCAUGAGCAAACUGCUUGAUGGUAUUCAGGAUAACUACACCUUUGCUCAGCCAGGUAUACAGAAGAAAGUGAAAAUGUUAGAAGAGCUUGUUAGCCGGAUUGAUGAACAAAUACACAGACACUUAGAGCAACAUGAUGUGAAAUACCUUCAGUUUGCUUUCCGCUGGAUGAAUAACUUGUUGAUGAGAGAAGUUCCCCUGCGGUGCACCAUAAGGCUUUGGGACACAUACCAGUCUGAACCAGAGGGGUUUUCUCACUUCCAUUUAUAUGUCUGUGCUGCCUUCCUUGUCAGAUGGAAGAAAGAGAUCCUAGAGGAAAAAGACUUCCAAGAACUACUAAUCUUUUUACAGAACUUGCCUACAAUGCACUGGGGAAAUGAAGAUAUCAGUGUUCUCCUUGCAGAAGCCUACAGACUGAAGUUUGCAUUUGCAGAUGCUCCCAACCAUUACAAGAGAUGAAAGAACAAGGAACUGUCUGGUUGUUGUGGCAGGGUAUCAUUUUGUUUAUGCUGGUUGUGCUAGGACAGUUACCCAAUUCUGAAUUUCUGUGAAGUGUUCCCUUUCAGUUCAACAAGAAGUUAUGCGAUUAGUGGAUUACCAAAGAAAUAGACUGCACAGGAUAUUGUGAAGACCACAUGGAGUUGAAGUGUCCAUUCAUGCCCAGCACCCACUGAAAAGAUGCAGAUGCAAUUUCUUUUUCGUAUUGUUUCCUUUUUCCUUUAGUAUAUAAGUUCUAUGUAAGAAGAAAAGGUUUUAUGCUCAUUGGUACCUAGGUGAUUAUGUUUGUUACUUUCAUGGAAGGAUUUCUGGUGUCUGAUGUGCUUAUGAGAUAAUGGGAGUAAUCAAUCUUGCAUUAAAAUACAUGGACAAAUGAAUCAGGUGGUAAGGUCACAUUGGGAUAUUAUGGGCUUGUUUUUAUUUUAUUUUAUUUUAUUUUAUUUUAGACACACAAAAUAUUUAAAUGCCUUUAACAUUGUGUUUGCUUACACAGUAAAACCCAAUAACAGAAUAUUUAAUGGAACAUGACAAUUGGAACUUGAAGAGAAUGCCACAUACACGAUCACGAGAGAUUUCCAUAUACUAUACAUGGUGGCAUACACAUAACAUUUAAUAAAAUUCACUUUAAAGUUUCUGAAAUAUAUUACUAGAACUUCAGUAAUAGUUUGUUUUCUUCCAUAAUGUAAUGCUUUAAAGCUAUCAAACAUUUUUUGGUAUAUAGAAUUUUUAUCUUCAAGGGUUUUUUCCCCCUGAUCAGAAUCUUGGUUUGCAGUCAAGAAUAUAUUUUAAUGUUAUUGCCUUACCUUCAUUUUCUAACAUAAUAGGAACACUUGCCAGAAAAGUAGUGUACACAUCUCAUACCUUUUGUUCUCAGCACCAGCAGAUGUGUGCUAUUUUGAGAGAAGCACCAAAGAAGUCAGUUACUGGAUGGCCAAUAGCCAUGAUCCCACUCAUCUCUUUGGAACAGAAUCUUGGAUUUUGCACUGUGUGGGCAGGGGGUGGAAAGUUGAACUGGUGAAGACUCCUCAUUGGCAGGACCAGUCUGCUCUCUUUGCUGACCCACUUGGUUAACUGGUUAAAACUUCAGCCAUUUGUAUAUAUCAAAAAAUGAGUGUGUCAGCUUAUCUCACACUUUGCAGAAGGAUUGGCCAGCAUAAAAUAGAAAUGCAGUGAGAAUUUUGUACAAAUAGGUCUGAGAAGCUCAUCUCAUUUUAAAAACUGCCAGCCGCAAUGGAACAGACUUUUGUUACUUCUAAGUUACUUCCAGUGCUUCAUAGAAGGCUUUACUAAAUGGAAGGGGCAGUUUAUUCAACAUAGAAGAGUUAAGUGGUAAAAGCCUUUCUUGUGCUUUACCACUUCAAGCUAAGUGGGGUACCGAGUAUUUGACUGUUCCACAGGUAAAAAUUGCCUGCACAGUAACUCCUACUAUGCUUAGAGAGGGUUGUUGGAGGAGCAUCCUGUGAUGGCACCAUGCAUCAAUUGGAGCAGGCACCAUCUGUGAAAAGCUUUUUAGCAUUCAAGUCUGCAGACUAGAUCAAUUUGUCCAUAAGUUAACCUAUACUAUAAAUGAAAUCUUAUUUUCAGGAGCUGUUCAAGUGUGCCUUUAACUCUUUUUUAUGCCUUCCAGCUUGGUUAUACAUGUUAACUUGCUGCUUGCCAUAUGUAAAGAUGCCUGAAUAUACAAGCACUACAGGCAGUAGAGCUGUUUAUCUGCCACACCAUCCCCAAAUUUAUCUUGAAGUUUUGACUUCAAAACUUAAGAUGCAUGUUUCUAAAAGGCUACAAAGAUUUCUAAUGUUCCCUUUUCUUAAGGUAUUCUAAUUAGCAGGUGAUUUGCAAGUGUAGUAUUUAAUCUCACAUUUGUAUUCUUUUGGGACAUUUGACUGUAAAACACAGUACAGUCCUAGUUUGAAUUCCUCAUUUUCCAACACAGUUUUUCAAUAAGUUUACUGAACUAAAGUAGAAUUGCCCUGUUACUUUCACAACAGAGGGCAUUGCGAUAGAUAAAUUAUUAUAACUACUAAUGUAACAGAGUUUAUAUUCUGUGGUGUGGCUCAGCAUGUCUUAAGGUCAUAGGUAUGUGUAUGUCUUUCUCAAACAUUGGAAAACUUCUAAUUUUAAGUUCUGUAUAUGAUUUCUCUGUAACUUAUCAGUUAUGUUUACAGUGUCAUAUUGUGCCUAACAAAAUAUCUUCCAAUGACAGAACAAAGACACAGAAAGGUAAAAUCAUAUAAAACCUGCUGAUGUCAGUGAACUAGUAAGAAAAAAAUGGUAAGCUGCAAUAUGCAUGGAUAUGUGAAUUUAUUUUUAAUUACCUUAUUAGCAUAGGAAUUUCAAUUAUGAAAGAUUUGGUCAAGAGGAAUUUGCUGUGUUAGAUGCUACUUGAAAAAAAUAUGAAUAUCUAAAACACACACAUUCCUUUGUAAGCUCUGUUUCAGUUGGAAUUGCAUCUUCCAAGAUCUGUUAAGAUCUGCAUUGCUUCCCUUUAAAAAUUAAGUACUGUAUCAUGCAGCAAAAAAAGAAACCAGAUGGAUGAGAAUAAAAGCUUGAACAUAUCAGUAGAUAAGGGUGGAAACUUUCCUAAAUGGAUAGCUUGCAUUCUUAUUUCAUAAAAAUAGGGUCUUUUACCAUUGUUAGUGCAAUUUCUUGCAUACUCUCUAUUAUUAUAAGUUCUUUACAUAACUUUCUCUUAAAAUGGAAUUAUACUUGGUUUUUGAUAAUUGUUUGUAUCUCAGGUAAAGUGCCAUCCCAAGCAAAUAUUCCAUAAGGAAAUGUUUCUGCCAUUUUUACUCCCCUUCAUUACAGCUAGAAAAAAAAAAUUAAAUGGGUACCUAAUACAGAUAUUCUUACAUUAUUUUUUUCUGUAUAGAAAAGAUAUCAGGACAUCACAUCAUUUAACCCUAUUUUUGUUCAUAGAGUUUCUAGGGAAGUCCUCAAAGCACUGCUGUCAUACAUGCAAUAUGAAUUAAUGAAAGAACUGUACAGUGCAGAUAACCAAUUUAUAUCUAUUGUAUACGUUUAGAAAUGUAAAUAGUGAGCAAUGUAUUAAAGUGUAAAUAGAAUAUGAAGAAAGACUAUAACUAUCUUACAAUCAUCUGUACAUCUUUACUAUAACAAAAUAGUUGCACUAGUCUAUAAUUUCAUAUGGAAAAGCUCAUAGAUUUGUAUUUAACUUGAGAACUCGACAAUAAAAGGCAAGUACCCAA